CAACUAUUCACCUAAACAAUACAAUGAGUCUACCCAUGACACAGAUAACCCGAUCCUUGCAUAACGCGACUGCCUCACCGGUAGUCGCAGUUCUCUACCAGGCCAUCGAGCCGCCCAUCAUCAACGGCGCUCGCAAGCCCCGCAAGCCUGGCGGUUACCAAGACUCGGGAUCAGACAUUGCCUACACUCUCAAAAACCGUGGCGUACGAGUCGUGACUCCCAUCUCUUCCCCGAAUCCCAAAGAGCAAGAAGGCUGGUGCUUCCCGGACACAGAGAAUGGGAUCCUCUCUGCUGUGCGCCAAGGGGCAACGCACCUUUGGGCCAACACGAUCCUCUUCUCCUCACAUCCACUGCAAGCCUCGCAGUCUCUUGCUUCAGCCCCUAUCUCUGUUGUCGGACAGCCACCAACCCUGGUUGAAUCCUUCGAUGACAAAGCCUAUCUCAACGACCAACUCCGUAUCCAUGGCUCAUUUACCCUCCCCCGCUCAUGGUUGAUCCGCAAUUCGGAUAAUGUCUCCCCUAUACUAGACUCCAUUCCAAACUAUCCCGUGGUUGGUAAACCCGUCCGUGGUCGCGGCAGCCACGGUGUCAAGGUAUGCCAUAAUCGAGCCGAGCUCGAGGAACAUCUCAACGCUCUGCUGCUCGAGUCUCCCAUCGUCAUGGUGGAAGAGUACCUCACGGGCGAAGAGGCAACGAUCACAGUUAUGCCGCCAUCAACAGAGAGUCCAGAAUACUGGAGCCUGCCUCCUAUCACCCGCUUCAACCAUGUCGAUGGCAUUGCGCCAUAUAAUGGUACAGUGGCCGUGACUGCGAACUCGCGCGCUAUCACAGAAACCGAAAUGCAGGAUGAGUCGUACAGAAAUGCAAUGCGGCAGUGUGAGCAAGUUGCCAAAUUAAUUGGGGCGACGGCACCCAUUCGCAUUGACAUUAGACGGUUUAGCGAGGGGUCACAGUUUGCCAUCUUCGAUAUCAACAUGAAACCUAAUAUGACCGGGCCUGGACGACCUGGACGCGAGGACCAGGCCAGUCUAACUGCUCUUGCGGCUGCAGCUAUCGGAUGGGACUACGGGGCAUUGUUGCACAAGAUCCUCAACAGUGCGCAGCCACUUGAUCGCUUCCGAGCUUACAGCAACCCGUUUGCUUCGCACUGAGUGUUUCCCUUCUCCCAUCCCUCCAAUACGGUUGUAUCUAUAUAAGUAUGAAG